AUGGAGCGGCUCCAGCGGAUAUUCCAGAGCACGGGGGGAGGCAUGGGGCCUCAGCCUGACGCUCCGAUGGUCGACACGUCGGAGCAGGUUUACAUCUCGUCGCUCGCUUUGUUGAAGAUGCUUAAACACGGUCGAGCGGGAGUCCCCAUGGAGGUCAUGGGUCUCAUGCUGGGCGAGUUCGUUGACGACUACACAGUGAGGGUGGUUGAUGUGUUCGCCAUGCCUCAGAGCGGCACGGGCGUGAGCGUCGAGGCGGUGGACCCAGUUUUUCAAACUAAGAUGCUCGACAUGCUCAAGCAGACGGGCAGGCCUGAAAUGGUGGUUGGCUGGUACCAAUCGCAUCCAGGCUUUGGCUGCUGGCUCUCAGGCGUGGAUAUAAACACACAACAGAGCUUUGAGGCAUUGAACCAGCGGGCAGUAGCAGUCGUAGUGGAUCCUAUCCAGUCCGUGAAGGGCAAAGUCGUGAUUGACGCAUUCCGCCUCAUCAACCCACAGACCAUGAUGCUGGGUCAGGAGCCCCGGCAGACCACGUCCAACCUGGGGCACCUGCACAAGCCUUCAAUUCAGGCGUUGAUUCACGGGUUGAACCGGCACUACUACUCCAUCGGCAUCAACUACCGCAAGAACGAGCUGGAGGAGAAGAUGCUGCUGAACCUGCACAAGAAAAAGUGGGCGCACGGGCUGACGCUGCAGCCAUUCGAGAGCCACAACAAGAAGAACGAGCAGAUCGUGCAGGACAUGUUGGAGUUGGCCCAGAAAUACAACAAGGCAGUACAGGAGGAGGACACGUUGUCAACCGAGAAGUUUGCGAUUGCGAGUGUGGGGAGGCAGGAUGCGAAGAAGCAUCUGGAGGAGCAUGUGUCAACACUCAUGUCGUCCAACAUCGUGCAGACACUAGGCACGAUGCUAGACACUGUUGUGUUUUAA